GUAAAAUAUGUCCUGCUGGAGCGGGCUUUCCCGGGUCCUGCAGUGUCCAGGCUUCCAGAAACGGACAAGAGGAGGCCAGGGCUUUUGGAUACCCUGUCAUUUCUUUCUGUCUUGCCUAGUUUUGCCAGUUGGUCGUGGUCAGCUUUUGACCAGUGGUAGGAAGCAAGCUGCCAUCUGGGAAACAGUUUGGUUUAGAGAUUGUUGAUCAUGAUGGGUGUGUCAGAUCAGGGUGGUAACAGGGUUUUGUGGAUUGAGAAACUUAAAACGUUUAUUACUCAUAGUGUAGUUUUAGAGGUUGGGAAUCCUAGGUCGAAUGCUAGUCUUUUGGGUUGCUGAUGAAGGUUCUGCCUGUCUUGCUACCCAUUGUCAUUGUGUCCUCAUAGCUGCUUAGUGUCUCUUAUAAGGACAUCUCAUCAUGGGUCCUGCCAUAUGGCCUCAUCUGAGUUCAGCCGUCUCUUAAAACCUCUGCGUGUUGAUGUAAUUAUUUUGAGCCUUGUGUUUUGAGUAUGUGAUUUGGGGUAAGAUGCAUUUAGUAUGAAUAGGACCCAGAAGAGAGAUGGCUGUGGGGCCGGGAAGGUGGGGAGCUCGACUGACGUGGCUCUAGAUGCAGUGCAGAACCUCUCUGUUAUUUUGACCCAGUAUGCCAGGGCUGUACCUCCUUGUGGGCCCUGACAUGAAUGGGCCUUUUCUGCUCUUUGCGCCAACACUUUCCCUCCUAAAACCACAGACUGCUGGGAAUUUUCAGAUGUCUAAGGCAAGUUCCCCUAGAAAUUUAGCAGAUGCUAAAAGUUCUGUUGUUUAGCAUGUGGAAGCAUCGUGCCUAGUUGGUAGCAGGCCUGAAAAAGUAUCCAGACAGUCCUGCUUGUUAGGGAAUGUUGGUUGACAGAAAUCCCAGCUUUCUGACUUUACACUAUGAAAAUUUACAGUGUGGUCUUGGUAGGACGGGUCUGGAAACUGCUACGACUGGGCAUUUAUGAAGAGAUUGUUCUCUGGGGAGGUUGGGCAGGAAGACACUUCUGUGUCGUGAAUCUGUCUGAGAAGGGUGCAUGGCAAAUGUUGUGGAGGGUACAGUGGCUGGGUGCUUAGGCAAGUAUGGAAGUGGAGGUCUGUCUCGGUUAGUUGCUCAGCCAGAAAUAAUGGUCAGGGGAGGAGGUAUUAGCAACCUAAGGAAAUUACAUCUGACAGACAGGAAACCAAAGGAUCAGGAAAUUUGUAGAUGUGAUAGUGCCAGGUACCCAGAACCACAGACUUCUGGCUUGAGGCAGAGGCUGUCAGUAGCCUUCUUGCAUGACCUCCCCCUCCAGCUGGGCCUGCUGUGGAUGAGAGGCUGAAUCCCAGAGCUGGAAGCCACAAGGGGCCCUGGUGCUGUGUCUGAUGGUCCAAAGGCUCAGGGCUUGUCUCCUGACCAGCCUGUGGACUCCUCCACCUACCACACAACCCAAGGUGAGACCAGUCCUGCUGUGGGCCAGCCAGGGAAUCUCCAAGGCUAUCUGGAGCCAGUAUUCUAGCUUUUGUGGCCUCCAUGCCCCUCAAAGGCUCAGAGGCACCCUGGACAGGCUUUGGAGGGUAGAUCUACCAAGCCAACUGCAAACCUGCUGCAGCCCCACCUCUUAAAGGGCAGGGCAGGCAGGGCAGGCAGAGCCGACGUGGUUCUUUCCCAUUUGCUGGCUGUGCUGCAGCCUCUGGUUGGCCCGCCCACUUAUACAGGAUGUUUUAAGUUUGCAUCUCAUGCUUUGGCGGCCUGGUGCUGCUGUUAGUACUACUGGUUAGCUUCCAUGUGUUUAGUUGCUGUUUGGGUUACCCUCCCUACACGUCCUGGAAGGCAGGUUCUCCUCCCCACACACUUCCCUGUUUCUGUUUCUUUGAAGCACCAAAUUCUGUUAGUGAAAGGUAAAGGGUGAAGCUCUGUGCACAGGUGCCAUGGUGCUUCCUGUCGACGUGGCUAUGCACAGGCUCUGAGCCAUGGCUGUUCCCAGAUGUGCUGGCCUUUAUAUAAAACAUCCAGACUGUGUUUUAGACUAGGGAGGAGGGGCCCCUAGGGCAGAGCAGUACGGUGAGUGAGCUGUGCUUGCCUCCAUAAUAGCCAGCCAUAGGGCCAGGAACAUAAGGUUUCAGAGGCUAACUCAGGGUCUCUGCUCUACCUUAGAGCCCAUGCUGGCCCUGCCUCAGUUCCUCUUGUAGAAGAGUUCUUCCACAGUGCUUCUGAUUCGCCCCCAUUUUCAUAGUGGACACAGCAUUAGAGGUUUGAUUAUACACAGCGAGACCCCUAAGUCACAUUUAUACAGUAGGCCCAGAGGAGCCACAGAGCAGGCAGGAGCCUGGACCUUGUAAAGAGUGUGCUGACAAGAGUAGCAGGUCAGAACGAGCUCAGACUGUCCCCAGGGUCAUCUUACCACACCCCCAUUCUGACACAGCUCUUUCCAGAACACGUCCCACAGUACACAUCAAAACAAGAGUCGUCCUUUCUUGCUGUAGCUGAAGGAAAACUAAAAUACUCUCAUUCCUUAACAUCGUAAAAGCUUAGAGGUUAUAUACCGCCCACCUGGUUUUGUUUUGUUUUGUUUUUUAAUUUUCAGGACACAGUUUCUCUGUGUAGCCCUAGGUGUCUAGAACUCACUCUGUAGACUAGCCUGGUCUCAGAUGCAGAGAUCCGCCUGCCAGGGCUGGGGACUUAGCUCAGUGGCAGAGCGCUUGCCUAGCAAGCACAAGGCCCUGGGUUCGGUCCCCAGCUCCGAAAAAAAGAACCAAAAAAAAAAAAAGAAAGAGAUCCGCCUGCCCCUGCCUCCUGAGUACUAGGAUCAAAGGUGUGCACCACCAUUCCCCACGUGCACUGCUUUUAGAAAAGCUAGUGUCUGAGCUCUGCUGGUGUAUAACCACCUGCAACUGUGGCUUCAGGGUGUUUCUCCCCUGUGGGCACAAACACACAAAUAUUCAUGUUUGGUCAUAUAAUUUAAAAAAAAUUACUAUGCCCAGGGGUCAGAGUUUUCCAGCAGACUUGUCAUUUUUAACGGGCUUUCUUCAGCCAGGACCAUUGUGUCUGCUGAGUGUGCCUGUCCUGACCGCUCAGUUCCUGUGGGCUGUAUGAUAAUUACAUAUUUGGGACACACACACACCUUUGUUAAAGCAACAUAUAUAAAACAAAUAUAACAUUGUUUAUAAGUGACUGAUAUGUUAUGAUUGAUGAUUUGAUUUUGUUUGAGUAGAUAGUUUUUAUAAUUCACGAAACCCACCAGCAUGGAAUUGAAAUACCUGGACAUGUUUUUGCUAAGACUAUAGUUUGGGGAAGCUGGAGAGAUGACUGGACUGCCCUCGCAGAGGACCUAAGUCCAGUUUCCCACACUUAUAUCAGAUGCCUCGCAACCACCUGUCACUCCAGCUCCAGGGUAAUCUGUCCCUUGUGGCCUCCUCAGGCAUCCUACACCAAUCAGGAAGCUGCUGUCCAGCCAUGGAGGGAGAGGAGAAGCCAGCUCAAGAGGCUGACGUGGAACCCAUGGUAACAUCAGGGGCCUCAGAAGCAGUGCCAAGGGUGCUUUCUGGAGACCCUCAGAACAUCUCUGAUGUAGAUGCCUUCAACUUGCUCCUGGAGAUGAAACUGAAACGACGGCGUGAGCGUCCCAACCUUCCAUGUACUGUGACCCAGCUAGUGGCCGAGGAUGGCAGCAGGGUGUAUGUGGUGGGCACUGCUCACUUCAGUGAUGACAGCAAGAGGGAUGUAGUGAAGACUAUCCGGGAGGUGCAGCCUGAUGUGGUGGUUGUGGAACUCUGUCAGUACCGUGUUUCCAUGCUGAAGAUGGAUGAGAGAACUCUGCUGCGGGAGGCCAAGGAGGUCAGCCUGGAGAAGCUGCAACAGGCUGUCAAGCAGAAUGGGCUCAUGUCUGGACUCAUGCAGAUGUUGCUACUGAAGGUGUCCGCUCACAUCACUGAGCAGCUAGGCAUGGCCCCUGGUGGCGAGUUCAGGGAGGCCUUCAAGGAGGCCAGCAAGGUACCAUUCUGCAAAUUCCACUUGGGUGACCGACCAAUCCCAGUCACCUUUAAGAGGGCCAUUGCUGCACUCUCCUUCUGGCAGAAAGUCAAGCUGGCCUGGGGCCUAUGCUUCCUGUCAGACCCAAUCAGCAAAGACGACGUGGAGCGCUGCAAGCAGAAGGACCUGCUGGAGCAGAUGAUGGCAGAGAUGAUUGGGGAGUUCCCUGACCUGCAUCGAACCAUUGUCUCAGAGCGCGACGUCUACCUGACCUACAUGCUGCGGCAGGCCGCACGGCGCCUCGAGCUUCCCCGCGCCUCUGAUGCUGAGCCCAGGAAGUGUGUCCCAUCUGUGGUCGUGGGCGUCGUUGGCAUGGGCCAUGUGCCUGGCAUUGAAAAGAACUGGAGUACUGACCUCAACAUCCAGGAGAUCAUGACAGUUCCCCCGCCAUCCAUCACAGGCAGAGUGUCCCGGGCAGCUGUGAAGGCUGCUUUCUUUGGUCUGCUGGGCUACAGCCUGUACUGGAUGGGCCGUCGAACCGUGAACCUGGUCCUAUCACUGCCUGCUGCGCAGUUCUGCCUCCAGAGGGUGAGCGAGGCCCGGCCAGGUCGGUAGGAGGACCGUGCACGGAAGGACCGCACCCGGAGCUCUACUCCUCUACAUGGUGUCUGGUGCUCCCGAGGAGCUGGCACCGCCUGUCUGGGGAUGUCCCUGGGUACAGAUUUGUCCAAGCCACCCCCUAUGGGGGCCUAGGCCAGGAUUUCCUGCCUUCCCCAUGCCCAGCCCACCCAAAUAAAGAAUAUUUAACUGUCUGAGCCCAGGCUUCCCAGCAGCCCCACACACACACUGUAGGGCCGGCCACCUAUGGGCAUCAGGGCCAUCCACAGUGUCAGGACCCAGCGGCCUAGUUCCAAAAGGACCAGAAGCUGAGGGGGAGGCACUGAGGCACCCACCCUCGGCCCAGGUGGGUCUGGCAGGUUGUGGCUCUACCUACCUCACUGUGCCUUGUGGUCUGGCUGGCAGGAGCAGGUGGCCCUGAGUGCAUCUCACUGUGGGUUUGGGGAGCUGGGUGCCCAUGCACCUCCUCCCUGGGUGUGUAGGGCCUUUGCCUGACCUGGACAUGCAUGUGGCAUUGCCGGCCGCAUCUCUGCCUGCAGAGAGUCUGUGCUUUGGUUUUGUGGGGUUUUGUUUUCUGUUUUUGUUGUUUUUGUUUUUAAUGUCAAAAAGUUUUUUACUCAGGUAAUUUUGAUGUCAAAGAGAAAACAAACUGAAGCAAAUAUCAGGAAAUACAAGCCUUAAAUCCAGUGAGGUCAAAGAAGUCAUCUUUUUAUUUGUGUCUGUGUGCCCUGCGUGGGCCGUGUAUGUGAGUCAGUUUAGGGGUCCAGGCCAGCCCCUGCUAGACGCCACUACAGCUCAGAGUGGUGUGCGGCUGCCUCAGAUAUGAGCUGCAAGGCUGCCCUUGGUGCUGGUAGGGCGCUGGCCUGAUUGCUGUGAGCUAGGUGGGAUGAUGCCCAAACUGCCCUGGGGACAGUAGGCACCCACUACCUAGGACCAUGGCUGGUUUGUGUGCAUCCAGCCAUUCAUGUGUGCAGGCUGUGGCUCCUGGCACACUGCACAGCUGGAAGAUCACAUUGACUGUCCUUGUGUCGGCUGCCGAAUCAGGUGAAGCACUGAGCUGGGGGUACAGGGGGUACAGGGCUUGUUGGGCUGCGUACUUCUGUCUCACACUCGUGCAUUCAUUCCCUAGAAAGAAAUAAAUUUUAAUUUUGGAA